AUGGGUGUUCUUGAGACUGAGGCGAAUGGUCGUCUCACCGACACAGAAGAAGACAAAAGAGCAGUGGAUGAUGAGAAGCCAACUUCAGAGAAAGAGGAGGUGCCCAAUGCAACGAUAGGAGGCGAAGAGAAGGCUGAAGUGGAGAGGGAUGCCACCGACACUGCAAAACGGUCGCAGGAGCGAGAGGUACAAACAAAAGAUGGGACUGCACAAGCGCUGGACGUAAAAGAGCCGCCUGCAAAAGCUGAUGCCGAGUCGGUAGAAGGAGAACCAGAAGACGAAUCGAAAUACCUGUCUGGCUUCAAGCUCGGCAUUCUCUCUCUAGGCCUCUGUUUAACAACUUUCGUCAUCGCGCUGGAUAAUACCAUCAUCGCUACUGCCAUUCCCAAGAUCACAACUGUUUUCAACUCGCUCAACGACGUGGGCUGGUACGGAUCAUCCUACUUGCUCACCACCUGCUCGCUGCAGCCGAGCUUCGGAAAGGUCUAUACGUACUUCGAUGUCAAGUACACCUACCUCUUUGCGUUGGUGCUUUUUGAAGUCGGCUCGGUUAUAUGUGCUGCUGCGACGAGCAGCCCGAUGUUCAUUGUUGGUCGGGCCAUCGCUGGGGCAGGAGCUGCAGCUCUCUUCUCGGGAGGCAUGACCAUCAUUGGCUAUUCAGUACCGUUGCGCAAACGUGCCAUCUACAUUGCAGCACUCUCCUCGAUGUUCGGCAUUGCUAGUGUUGUUGGGCCUCUUCUCGGAGGCGCGCUCACUGAUAAAGCGUCCUGGAGAUGGUGUUUCUGGAUCAACCUUCCUUUCGGCGGUGUAUCUCUCGCAGUCGUAUUUUUCUUCUUCUCCAACCCCGAACGACAGUACAGCCACAUGUCAUUCAAGCAGCGGAUAAAAGAGGUCGACAUCAUCGGCGCCGUUUUCCUCAUCUGCGCCAUCGUGUGCUUGCUUCUCGCAUUGCAAUGGGGCGGCCUAGUGUACCCAUGGAAGAACUCCAAGGUCUGGGGCAACUUGCUAGGCUUCGGGUUGAUCAUCAGUGUCUUCAUCGGCAUCCAGAUCUGGCAGAAAGACCGCGCGACUAUCCCGCUGCGCCUUAUGAAGCAGCAGACUGUUCUCGUAAGCUGCGCCUUUACGGCUUUCCUCUCCAUGGCGCUGUAUACCCACAUAUUCUACCUCCCCUUCUACUUCCAAGCCUCCAAAGGCACCACCGCCGAAGGCUCUGGCAUCCGCACAAUCGCCUACCUCUGCAGCCUCACGCUAUCCUCCAUCGUAGUCGGCGGCCUCAUCACCGUAGUCGGCUGGUACGCCCCCUUCAUGUGGGCCGGCAGCGCGCUCUUCACCGUCGGCGCAGGCAUGCUGUACACGCUCAAAGUCUCCUCCACCGCUUCCCAAUGGAUCGGCUACCAGAUCAUCGCGGGCCUCGGUGCCGGCGCAUCCGUCCAGAUCCCCUUCGUCGCAGUGCAAGUCGUGACCAGCGCGAAGGACAUGCCUACCGCCAACGCGCUGGUUAUGUUCUUCAAUUCUCUGGGUGGUGCGAUCGCCAUAUCGAUCGCGCAGAACAUCUUCAUUAAUAGUCUUGCGAAGGAGAUACCGCGGUAUGCACCUGAGGUUAAUCCGAAGACUGUGAUUGAGGCGGGAGCGACGUAUGUGAGGAUGGUGGUGCCGGGGGAGUAUCUGGCGAGUGUGCUGGAGGCGUAUACGAAGGCGAUUACGACGGCGAUGGCGUUGAGUAUUGCGGCGGCGAGUGUGGCGGCGGUGGUGAGUUUUGGGAUGGAGUGGAAGAGUAUUAAGGGGAAGAAGAUUGUGCCGGCUGGUGGGGGUUAG